AUGUUGGGGAUUGCUGAGUUUUUUAUAGCUCUAGCAGUAUGUCUCCUGAUUUUGCAGUUCCUGAAGCUGCAAUGGACUCGUGCCCAGCUUCCUCCAGGACCAGUUCCCCUUCCCAUCAUUGGAAAUUUGUGGCUUCUGGACUUCAAACUUCGUCGAGAAACUCUCAUUAAGUUAACCAGCAUCUAUGGAAAUAUCUACACGUUGUGGAUGGGAAAAACACCUAUGGUUGUACUAAAUGGAUACAAAGCAGUAAAAGAUGGCAUCAUUACCCAUUCUGAGGAAGUUUCUGGAAGACCUCUCACCCCAUUCUACAGGGAUAUGAUGGGCGAGAAAGGUAUUUUUCUGACCAGUGGGCAUACCUGGAAGCAACAGAGACGCUUUGGCAUGACAAUUUUAAGAAGCCUGGCACUUGGUAAGAACAACUUGGAGCACCAAAUUCAAACAGAGGCCUGUCACCUUGUGGACAUCUUUGCAAACACAAAAGGCACACCUUUUGACCCCCACACUUGCAUUGUCCAUGCUAUUGCAAAUAUAAUUUGUGCUGUUGUUUUUGGUCAUCGCUUCUCCAGUGAGGAUGAAUCUUUCAGCAAGCUUAUCAAAGCUGUUUAUUUUGUGAUCUACUUUCAAGCUACCAUCUGGGGCAGGCUGUAUGAUGCUUUCCCAUGGCUUCUGCACCAUCUCCCAGGACCUCAUCAGAAAGUGUUUGCAUACAGUGACUUCAUGCACAGCUUAGUUAUGAAAGAGGUGAAGAACCAUGAAAGACAGAAGGCAGGUGAUCCACAGGAUCUCAUUGACUUCUACCUAGCUCAAAUAACAAAAACUAAAGAUGACCCUACUUCUACAUUUAAUAAAGACAACAUGGUUCAGACUGUGGUUGAUCUUUUGCUGGGAGGAACAGAAACAACAAGUACCACCCUUCUCUGGGCACUGCUCUAUAUGGUACAAUACCCAGAAAUACAAGAAAAAGUUCAGAGAGAGAUAGAGUCUGUUCUGGAACCCUCCCAUCUCAUCAGCUAUGAAGACAGGAAGAAACUGCCCUACACAAACGCUGUGAUUCACGAGGCCCUGCGGUACAGCAACGUCACUUCUGUUGGGGUCCCUCGCCAGUGUGUGAAGAGCACAACUUUGCUGGGUUUUCACAUUAAAAAGGGCACACUUGUAUUGCCAAAUCUGCACUCAGUUGUGUAUGACUCUGAGCACUGGGCAACCCCUUGGAAGUUCAACCCAAACCAUUUCCUGGAUUCGGAUGGCAACUUUGUGAACAAAGAGGCAUUCUUACCAUUCUCAGCAGGACACCGUGUAUGUUUAGGAGAACAUAUGGCACGAGUUGAGCUGUUCAUCUUCUUUACUAAUCUCCUUCGGGCAUUCACAUUCCAGCUCCCUGAGGGAGUGAAGGAAAUUAAUCUGGAGUACAUUUUGGGUUCAAUACUGCAGCCACAUCCAUAUAAACUCUGUGCUAUUCCACGCUAGUCUGCAACAUGCUACAGUGCAGAGACUUCAACCAGUCAAUCAUGGCCGAUAUUUUAA